ACCAUGAGCAAGCUGGUGCUGCAGCAGGAACGGCAGGAGGCCGCGGCCCUAGAGCGACGGCGGCAGCGGGAGCUGCAGCGGCAGAGCCGCAUCUUCAACGCUCGAGUCCGGACCAUAGGGGUUGAUAAAGAUGCACUGGAUACCCAGGUUAAGGAGAGGAAAAUUCAAGAAGCAGCUGAAAAAGCACGAGAUGAAGAACUUGCUAAUGAAAUGAAGCAAAAUUACAAGAUCAUGUGUAUGUUAGAAGAACAACAUAAAAAUGAUAUCAGAAACAUAAAUAAAGCUGUCAGUGAGUUUCAGAAGAAUUUGCAGAAGCCAGAAACAAGGCGUGAAUUUGACCUGAAUGACCCACAAGCCCUAAAGAAGGACAGACCUGCUCGAGUUUCAGACAAUGAUCCUCGCUGUACUGUAUCUGGCUUGCAGAAGUUUUUGGGUGAAGAUUUAAACUAUGAUCAAAGAAUGAAAUUUCAAAAGGAGCAGUUAAGAGAGUGGUCUCUUCAGCAACAGAAAGACUUAAAGAAUGCAUUAGCUGAUCAAAAAUUUGCAGAUGAUCUUCAUGACAAAUACAGGAUUACACUUGACCAAAAGACUAUGGAGCAACAACAAAAAGAAGAAGAAAACAGGCGUGCUGUUUGUGCAGCUACUAAAGAUUUCAACAGAAGCCAGGCUGCUGAACUAGCUGAGAAAAAGAAGUUGGAAAAGUAUCAAAAAAUGAAAGAUGACAUGAAUGAAAUUUCCAGCCUCCUUCAAGGAGACCUACUUUCUGAAAACCCUGACCAAGCAAUCAGUUCCUUUGGUACACAUCGUGUGGUCACAGAUCGAUGGAAGGGAAUGAAUCAGAAUCAGCUGAGGGCAAUCCGUGAUACUCAACAGCAACAAGUUCUGGAGAAACGGAGACAAAACCAGGAAAAACGCCGAGUUGAUGCUGAAUGGGACAGACAAACAAUACACACUGCAAGAGCACAGCUGGUUUUAGAGCGGCAUCUACAACGACAGAAUCGGGAACAGCGCCGAGCUUUAGAUAACUUUAACGCAGACCUGUCUCAGGAGCAGAAAUCAAAGAACAUUUAUCUUAAAGAAGAAGAAUAUUCAAAUUAUCCAACAGAGGAGUAUUUCGCACAGUUUAAUACAACUAGCCGAUGACAUUCUGGGUAAAUCAACCUGAAAUAUAGAGAAGUAUGUAGACGUAUUAAAAUUGUUAAUUGAGCAAUCCCAUGGUUUUUUAUUUUUAACUGUUUCCUACCCUGUGCAAACAGGGCACUCAAACUAAAGGAGAGUCUGCUAGGCCACAUGUGUUCUAAGAAA